AUGCCAUCAAGGCCGGCAGGUGGCUCUCGUGCCGAGCCCGCAUACAACAGGCUUCAGGACACAUCCACCACAUACGGGAUGGAGGAUUUUUCAUUACCACCGCGAGCGUUUGCCGAUCACCUGGUGAAACGAUUCUUCGAGAAAAUAUACAUUCUCUAUCCAAUAUUCCAUCGCCCAGCCUUCGAGGCAGCCUAUCAAAAUCUCUGGCGUGGAGAAAACGAACCUAAUAUCCCCCCGCCAACCGAUCUACAGAUUGGAAUAGGAUCAAAGACAGAGUCGGAGCCCACUUCGAUUGUCUUCCUGUGUGCCCUGAACUUGAUAUUUGCCUUGGGCUGCCAAUUUGCCGAUCUGGCAUCAGAGCAAGUCGAGUCCGUCGCCAAUUCAUUCUUCCUUCGGGCGAAGCAUUUCAUCGGGCUCGAUUUCAUGGACAUCAAUACCCUCGGGGUGGUUCAGUCUUUACUCAUUACAGCACUUUAUUUGCAGAGCUCCCCAUAUCCCAGUCGCUGCUGGCAUUCUGUUGGGAACGCCUGCAGAGUUGCCUUUGGAUUAGGACUCCACAAAUCAGAUAUCCUGGCUACACUGACACCCUUGGAGUCUGAAAUUCGUAAACGAACCUGGCAUGGAUGUGUAAUAAUGGACAUGACCUUGAGCAUGACAUACGGCAGACCGAGCAUGACCUCCCAUCUUGCCCGAGUUCCCGCACCUGAUGGUUUAGAACUAUCUGGGCACCAACAUGAUACAAGCGGACCUCCGUUAAUGGCAUUCUAUAUCGAAGCGAUCAAGCUUUAUGAUAUUUUGGACAAUAUUUUAGCUGAUGUCUAUAAUGCCUGGCGUGGCCGACUGCGCCAGGACAACUUGCCAUCCCCGACGUUGAGCAUCAGGAGCCUUCAAAUUGUGCUUGAAGUUGAAAGAGAGCUGUUGAUGUUCAAGUCCAAUGUCCCUUGCUUUUUAAAGUGGACAACUGGGGCACACUCCACGCCUUCUCUUCCAGAACCCAACAUGGCGAUUGCUCAGCAAAGAAAUGUUCUACAUGCUAGAUACAUGCACCUUCAGAUCCUCCUCUACCGUCCCAUAUUCAUCCAAAUAUACUCUAAACGAGAAUCAUUGUCUGGACCAGAGCUACAAAAUGACUCGUCAUCUCAGAGCAUAGAGAUGCAAAGCAAUCUGUAUUCCUCCAUAUUCUGUCAUUGCGCCGAGGCAUGUGUGACAGCUGCCAUUGAUCUCACACACCUAGUGCGAGAAACUUAUCAAACCGACUGUUCCGAUGCGUGGUGGUACAAUGGUUUUUAUGCCUCGACCGCAGCAAUGGUCCUUCUCAUGGCUCUAUCUACACCAUCAAUGAUGGAUCAAAUAUUAUUGGGCAAAGCAAGAGAGGCUUGGAAAGAGGCAACCAGUGUUCUGGAAUUCCUAUCAACAUUUUGCCGCUCUGCAAACAAUACUGUUCAAUUUCUCCAGGCUGCUUAUGUUCGAGCAGUCCCCACUGGUCAACAUCAGACGAAUGCGGAAGCUGAUGCCUCACAUAUACCGCAACCUAGCGAACAAUAUGAUAACUUAGUUGACGAACUUACCCAGUUUCCUGUCUUCAAUUGGGAGGAAUUCGCGGAGAACAUGGCACCUGGAUUGGAUGACUUAGGAUUUUUGACGGGAUUUAAUUUCCAUGAUAGCUUUGCAUGA